CCGUUAUUAAUUGUUGUACCACUGCAGAUGGGUUCAAAGGUGAUCAGUUGUGUUGCGGGAUGCUCUUUUAAUAUUUUCCACGCUAGCAAUAAUUUUUAAAGCGCCAAUUUUGAGAAAUAUAGGCUGAUCUAUAGUCAAAAACUGACAAAAAGAUGAUAGAUCACGGCCAAAAAAUUCCAAAAACUGUCAAAACAUGCUUUUCCCGAUUUAUCGGAUUUUUCUGGCCAUCUGGAACCGGGAACAAUCGUUGAAAAAUAGUGAUCUAUCAAAUUAUGGGUUUUUGGCAUGGCUCGAUCAGACGCUUCUGGCUCCCAAAAUUGGUUUUGGAAUUUUUUAAUCACACAUACAGCCCGUCCACUUGUUUUGCACGGUUCAUCAGAGCAAAAAGCAGCUUAUUUCCGAAAAUUGCAAUAUUUUGCUCGUGCUGCCGCGCAAACUCCAUGAGAAGCAUAGGGUGUGCGGGCGCCUCUGUCCGAACAAUUUGCAAAUUGCCUUAUUAAUUGUUAUACCACUGCAGAUGGGUUCAAAGGUGAUCAGUUGUCUUGCGGGAUGCUCUUUUAAUAUUUUCCACGCUAGCAAUAAUUUUUAAAGCGCCAAUUUUGAGAAAUAUAGGCUGAUCUAUAGUCAAAAACUGACAAAAAGAUGAUAGAUCACGGCCAAAAAAUUCCAAAAACUGUCAAAACAUGCUUUUCCCGAUUUAUCGGAUUUUUCUGGCCAUCUGGAACCGCGAACAAUCGUUGAAAAGACGUGAUCUAUCAAAUUAUGGGUUUUUGGCAUGGCUCGAUCAGGCCCUUUUCGCUCCCAAAUUUGGUUUUGGAAUUUUUUAAUCACACAUACAGCCCGUCCACUUGUUUUGCACGGUUCAUCAGAGCAAAAAGCAGCUUAUUUCCGAAAAUUUCCAUAUUCUGCUUUUGCUGCCGCGCAAGAUGCAUGACAAGCAUACGGUGUGCGGGCGCCUCUGCCCGAACAAUUUGCAAAUUGCCGUUAUUAAUUGUUGUACCACUGCAGAUGGGUUCAAAGGUGAUCAGUUGUGUUGCGGGAUGCUCUUUUAAUAUUUUCCACGCUAGCAAUAAUUUUUAAAGCGCCAAUUUUGAGAAAUAUAGGCUGAUCUAUAGUCAAAAACUGACAAAAAGAUGAUAGAUCACGGCCAAAAAAUUCCAAAAACUGUCAAAACAUGCUUUUCCCGAUUUAUCAGAUUUUUCUGGCCAUCUGGAACCGGGAACAAUCGUUGAAAAAUAGUGAUCUAUCAAAUUAUGGGUUUUUGGCAUGGCUCGAUCAGACGCUUCUGGCUCCCAAAAUUGGUUUUGGAAUUUUUUAAUCACACAUACAGCCCGUCCACUUGUUUUGCACGGUUCAUCAGAGCAAAAAGCAGCUUAUUUCCGAAAAUUGCAAUAUUUUGCUCGUGCUGCCGCGCAAACUCCAUGAGAAGCAUAGGGUGUGCGGGCGCCUCUGUCCGAACAAUUUGCAAAUUGCCUUAUUAAUUGUUAUACCACUGCAGAUGGGUUCAAAGGUGAUCAGUUGUCUUGCGGGAUGCUCUUUUAAUAUUUUCCACGCUAGCAAUAAUUUUUAAAGCGCCAAUUUUGAGAAAUAUAGGCUGAUCUAUAGUCAAAAACUGACAAAAAGAUGAUAGAUCACGGCCAAAAAAUUCCAAAAACUGUCAAAACAUGCUUUUCCCGAUUUAUCGGAUUUUUCUGGCCAUCUGGAACCGGGAACAAUCGUUGAAAAAUAGUGAUCUAUCAAAUUAUGGGUUUUUGGCAUGGCUCGAUCAGACGCUUCUGGCUCCCAAAAUUGGUUUUGGAAUUUUUUAAUCACACAUACAGCCCGUCCACUUGUUUUGCACGGUUCAUCAGAGCAAAAAGCAGCUUAUUUCCGAAAAUUGCAAUAUUUUGCUCGUGCUGCCGCGCAAACUCCAUGAGAAGCAUAGGGUGUGCGGGCGCCUCUGUCCGAACAAUUUGCAAAUUGCCUUAUUAAUUGUUAUACCACUGCAGAUGGGUUCAAAGGUGAUCAGUUGUCUUGCGGGAUGCUCUUUUAAUAUUUUCCACGCUAGCAAUAAUUUUUAAAGCGCCAAUUUUGAGAAAUAUAGGCUGAUCUAUAGUCAAAAACUGACAAAAAGAUGAUAGAUCACGGCCAAAAAAUUCCAAAAACUGUCAAAACAUGCUUUUCCCGAUUUAUCGGAUUUUUCUGGCCAUCUGGAACCGGGAACAAUCGUUGAAAAAUAGUGAUCUAUCAAAUUAUGGGUUUUUGGCAUGGCUCGAUCAGACGCUUCUGGCUCCCAAAAUUGGUUUUGGAAUUUUUUAAUCACACAUACAGCCCGUCCACUUGUUUUGCACGGUUCAUCAGAGCAAAAAGCAGCUUAUUUCCGAAAACUGCAAUAUUUUGCUCGUGCUGCCGCGCAAACUCCAUGAGAAGCAUAGGGUGUGCGGGCGCCUCUGUCCGAACAAUUUGCAAAUUGCCUUAUUAAUUGUUAUACCACUGCAGAUGGGUUCAAAGGUGAUCAGUUGUCUUGCGGGAUGCUCUUUUAAUAUUUUCCACGCUAGCAACAAUUUUUAAAGCGCCAAUUUUGAGAAAUACAGAUGGAUCUAUGGUGAAAAAUUAGCAAAAAGAUGAUAGAUCAGGGCCAAAAAAUUCCAAAAACUGUCAAAACAUGCUUUUCCCGAUUUAUCAGAUUUUUCUGGCCAUCUGGAACCGCAAACAAUCGUUGGAAAAAAGUGAUCUAUCGCUGCACAAACUUAUUUCAUUUAGAUCUGUUUAUUCCAUUUUUCUUUCCCGCCCCUGCACAUUUCGCGCCAAUUUUCAAAUCCUAUUUCCUACCGCGCCGCUCUUUAGCCAAUAACAUCACACUUUCAAUUUCAAUGCAUCACAAGCGACACCACCUCCUUGCUCACUCUCACUUUCAUCAGCCGAUUGUUAUUGUGCAGUGCAUCGUGCUUCACCAGCAUUGAACUGAAAGAUUCGACGGUCAAUUUCCAUCAGCCGUACAGGACAGGACCCAAAAAUGGACAAGGAAUGGUCAAGAGCAGUGGACUUCCCAAACUCACGUACUUUCAUAUGGGAUGACUUACUGGGUUUCGCCGGGAAUAACAUUGACAAACGGAACGCCAUUGACCGCCAGCGAAAGCGAAAGGAGCAUCUACCAGGUUUCGACAAGACAAGGAUCGGCAGCCUAUGUACAGUGUGGAAGGAAACAUACCAGGACAACAUGCUACAAAAGUUGGUUCCACAUCAACUGACUACCUAUAAAUCGCUCAACAGGAGGGCAAGGGAGCGACAAGAUCAAUACGUUGACUGUCAUCGAUCAUCCAUAAACCCCCUGGUUGAGGUUCGAAUGCUCGUAAUGCAAAGGCGCAGCCCGGAAUUGCCAAAGCUAGAAAAUGAACAGCAAAAGUGGCUCCAACUAGCUGGAAAAUCAGUCUCAAAGCAGGACCAGCUGCAAGCACUCCAGUACAUCAGAGAAAAUUUCCCUCAAGUUGAUGGGGCCCUAGACGAGUACAAUGCGCUACAGAGGUGCAUGUCUGUACCCCUUCUCGAGUACAAAUGGCUGCAGACGGCCCUGAAUGCAAUUUCAGGCGCAUGCACUCUUACACGGGUUGAACCCAACGUUUGGAUCGCAGAACUGAACUUGGACAUGAACAGUGCCAACUACCAGUGCCUACAAGAGGCAAUAGGCAUCUGGGCUCACUUCAGAUUGCCCCAAGGUUCCAUGCGUUCAGAAAAUGACAAGCUCUUGGUGUCCAACCUCAGUGCCACGCAUCCUACAUUGACGCUUGAGGUUGGGUACAACAACACCAACAUCGACCAAUCGUGGCUUACUGAACUCGAACUACAUGCCCGGGUUGAAUGCAGCAUCAGAUUCACCAGUUCGUCAAUUGUCUACCAAAUUCCCUUGGCAGGCACAUUCGACGCGCUCACCGCCAUGAAACACCUGUUCUUCCCUGGAAGGGGUCUGCCACCAGCAUCAUUGGGUUCACCCCUGAUUCCAAGACACAUAAUAGACGGGCUGCGCAACGGUUCAGAGACGCCAAUUGGAGGACCCCUAAAUAGCAGACAGCUGCAAGCUGUCUGCGAUAUCCUCAGCCACAGCAGGCUUCACCAUGUGUACACCCUAAUUGGCCCGCCCGGAACAGGAAAAACCAGGGUACUCGAUGAAGUCCUUCUGCAGCUAUACAGCCACCACAUGGAGGAUUACCGUGCUGAUGCCCUCGUGCAUUUUGUUGUCAACAGCAACAAGGGGAUAAACGCUACCAUCAAGCGACUGCUGAGAAAGGGCCUUUGACUUUUAUUGAACUUCUUGUGUUUUGUUACAAGUGCCUAAAUUUAAAUUGUAAUAUUGUGAUCUCCUUUUUUGAAUAUUUUUCCAUGCAUUGCAUAUAAUCACAUGACCACCUUUCUAAUACGGGUUGAAAGAUUAUUAAAAACACUAAAAAUAUGAAUUGUGAACAUUUUCUCACAUGACAUGCAACUGUAAUAAAUAUUUGUUGCAUCGCCUGAUCGUUUAAACCAAUUUUUAAUUAUCGCUUGUCUUAUUUACAAUUUUCCGGGAUGAAUAAAUAAUUAUAAACGA